AUGUCCAAGACGGAUGGAUUGCCGAAUACGGCAAGCCUCGAUACGAAACCAUCGAACCAGGCAUUGCCACCUACGAAAUCAGAGACGCCUACACUUGCGCCAGCGGCAUCUCGCGCGGUGCCAAUGACACUUGAUACCAAAGGAAAAUCUAUCGCAUCCCAACAUAUGCAACGACCGACAAAGCAGCGUGCUGUGGACAGUAAAGCAAAUUUACGUGUCAUGCUGCAGGAAAAGAAACAAGGUAAUCAACGCGACAAGAAGGGGGACAGCAGCUCCGGUCUUGCCGACUUUUUGAGUCAAUUGUAG